AUGGCAUCAACGAUUCAGAACAUGAGUGGAUUUGGAUAUGUCAUCGGAUUCAUAUUUUUCAUCCUCCUCAUGGUCGUACUCAGAAUCAUGAUUUCAAUUUGCUUUGCUGUGCCCUUACCUUCUGGCCACCAACCCCGAUUCGGACACCAAGAACCCAACGGAGCUGUCCCCCAACACUCCAUCAAUAACAUUGAACUAGGUCUUGAUGAAGCCACUCUACGCAACUAUCCAAAGCUCAUCUAUGCCCAAGCCAAGCUCCACAAGGGAAGCUCCGUCUCAUCUUGCUGUUCAAUAUGUUUGGGUGAUUACAAAGACACAGAUGUGUUGCGAUUGUUGCCUGAUUGUGGUCAUCUCUUUCAUCUUAAAUGUGUGGACUCCUGGUUAAAGCUGCAUGCUACAUGCCCGUUGUGUCGAAAGUCGCCUCUUGACGAGGUGGCGAGUUCAACCAGAGCAACUUCCUUAGAAUCAUAA